AUGAAAUUCUCCACUGCUCUUAUUGCUUCCUCUUUAGCCAUACUAGCUUAUGCUAAGCCAAUUGCUGAUGCUCUUCCAUGGGCUCAAGCCAAUCCACAAGCUGCUGCUGCUGCCCAAGCCUAUGCUGAUGCCUAUGCUGAAGCUAUUGCCAUUGCUCAUCCAGAUCCAGAAGCCUAUGCUUUAGCUGCAUCUGCUGAUGAUUGUGCGGAUGUUACUUGUCAUAUGAACUGUGGUAUGAUGAUUAUUGCUGGUCAAGCUUGUUCAGAAAACGAAAAUGAUAACUACUCUGGUCCUUAUACCCCAGGUUGUUUGUGUGAUGAUGCUAAAGAUACCAAUUUCCAAAAAUACUAUGACGCUUGUAUGAAUUGCGGUUGGACAUUAUGGAAAUACUAUAGCCCAUAUUUAGAGCCAGCCUUAAAAGAUUGUCAUGCAUCUUACCCAUCCAUUUCAACUGAACCAACAGGUACUUCAAGAUGUUCAACAACUUUGACAAACUCUUACACCAAAGAAACUGAUAUCAAUUAUUCAAGCUUCAUCUGA